UUCCUCGGCCCGCCCCUGCUUGGAGGGCGGCUCUCGAAGGAGCGCGCAUGCCCCCAAGUCGCUCGGCAGCUGCUUCGCGGACGGCGAGAAAGGGGCACUUGCAGGCGGCGGAGCAGCGCGGCUGAUGGCGAGCGGGGUAAGUUGGAGCCGUCGAACAUUCCCCGGGGAAGCAGCGCGGGCGCCUUUCCCCUCCUGCGGGUGCAAAGGAAACGGGAGGCAACGCGGCACGGCGAAGGAGCGCGCCGCUCCUUUUUCCCUUGCAGGCCGAGCGUGCUUCCUCGUCGGCGCUCGGUGGGGCUUCCUCCCAGGGAAGCGCGCAGGAUUGCAAGCCCACGUCUGAACUUGGAAAGCUUCCGAGUCGGGGUCAAUUUAGGGGUCUGGGGGCGGGGGGAGAGCCUUUUGCAACGGGCGAGCAAAGGCACCAACUUGGAGGUCGCGCCCCAGUGCGCACUCUACUCGGAAGUAAGCUCCACUUAAGUCAACGGCCCUUGCUCUCGGGGGUAAACAUGCAGAGGUGCGCCCCAGGGAAAUUCGUCAAGAUGGGACAAAAACGCAGGGGAAAGCGACUGGCACAGAUUAACCGCUAGGGCUCCGGCGGCGGCCCACGUUAUCGUCCGGAUUCCUUUAGCCUACAUAAGUUAUAAAACUAGUCUUUGCGUUGCUCUUACGCUACACAUAUCAUGUAAUACACUGUACCAGAUUCUAACUAGUACCUCCUAUAAAAACUUCAUUUUGACUGUUAUUUCCAAAACCCUUUUAUGCAGAAUAUGUAAAUCAUUUACUAAUACCUUUUCCAUAUUUCACUCUUAAACUUGAAAUUCCCUAACUGAAGGGGAAAUUGAAGAAUGCAAAUAUUUUACUUGGCAUAUGAUCUUUGUGAACUUUGCUCUGUGACUGAUCCCUUGGCAUAAACACACAUUAACCUUAUGUUAAGCAGGAACACUACUGCUACAGUUUUUACAUACUUUUUCUAUUACAAAAGUGUACAAUAUGGAUAUACAAUAAAUAAAGUUAAAACAUCCAUGGCAGUAGUGUUUGUGCUUAAUAAGAGGUUGUCACUGAAGGAAUGAACAAGUUGUAUAACAAGUUCAUUUACUCUUCUUGCACUCUUAAUUGGUCAAUUAGGACAUUGCAGCCAUGCAACACAGGUCAAAUAGCAUGCGUUUCUUUUCAGUGACACUGGGAGUUUUGUUUAUCUGUCGCUAUUUUGCAUAGAGGAUUUGGGCACACUAAUAAUAGGAGCCAUUAUCAGUUUUAUCUUUACAUUUUUAGUAACUAAUGCUAAGAAUUGAAUUGCAUUAUAUAAAUUAUAUUAAGAAAAACCAAUAGGUUGCCUCAUAAUACUUGCCCAGUAUGUAGUUGCCAUCUGCUAUAGGUGAUAAAAUGUACCAACCACUUCCAUUUGUAGCAAACAGGAUUACGUUCAAUAAUCACCAAAUUACAUUGAGUUGAUUUCUAUCGGGUUAGUAACUUGAUGUAGUUUUCACUUAUUGUUCAAACAUAUUGAGGAGGUAGACCUUCUCAUCACUGCUACUUGCCUGGGUAUUUGCAGGAAUUUUCCCUGGGAUGGGCGAGAGAAAAAGGUAAAACAUGGAAGGCCUAUUGCUUCAUGGAAAUGAGAGGAACUGUGCCUGUAUAUUUUGCCUCAUCUCUCAGGUUCUACAGAUGCUAGCAUUGUUUGGCCUUUCAUAGACCGUAGCUUUUGCGCUCGCAUUUUUCAACUGCUUUUAUUUUCAUGUGAGCCAAUGAGAUAACUUUUUUAGCCAUGGGGCAGCCUGUAAAUGAUGCAAGUAAACAAAUAGGGUGCCCCCACCAUCACAAAUGCCUACACAAGCAGCUCUCAGAGCUGUUUGACAAUCUGUUAACCAGCAAAGGUCCAGUUUGAGCUCCCCCAGUUCCGACAGGGUGUCAUCUCCGAAGCGUCUGUAGUGUGUGACUUCAGCCUCUAAGGAAUGAAGCUCAUUAUACAAGCUUGCUGUGCACUCUUUCCAUUUCUUAUUUAGGUUAUCAAAUGCAAGGCAGCUGUUGCCUGGGAAGCGGGUAAACCACUGUCCAUUGAGGAGGUGGAAGUUGGACCACCUAAAGCUCAUGAAGUUCGUAUCAAGGUAAUGAAAUAGUUGCAACAUUGCUUGCCCUAAACCAUUAGGGACUAGGAUAUUUGACCCAGAGGCAUAGCUAGCCAUGUGGACACCCUGGGGGCAGGGAGCUUCCACGCAGUUCGCCACUGUAGGGCGGCUGAGGGGGAAGCACAGGCGCAAGACCCACGCUGCCAUUUCGGGCAGCGCAGUGUUUGCCUGCUGUCCGCCUGCCGCCUCUCCCUCAGCUGCCCUACAACUCCAGUGCCCUGAAAACACAAUGCCUGUCGAAUAAUCUGCUGAAUCUGUUUGUUCUUCAUGACUUUGUAGAUCAUUGCCACUGCUGUUUGUCACACGGAUGCCUAUACUCUAAGUGGUGCUGACCCUGAAGGGAGUUUUCCUGUUAUCCUUGGCCAUGAAGGAGCAGGGAUUGUGGAGAGUGUUGGGGAAGGAGUGACCAAAUUCAAACCAGGUAAGGGGAUUCUGCUUAAGAUGCAAGGACCCUAAUGCUCAUCGUAGUUCGGCCAACCCUUCAGCAGAAAUAUUUCCAUUGCUUUGCAUCAGAAGUUGCCUUGGAACAAUUCGGGAGCACAAAACACGCCACUUGUAUAAAAUUAUUAGUAUGUCAUGCUCUAAUGGAACAUCUAGUUUUAACACACUGUGCUUUUUAUCAGUUAACAGUAUUGGAAACAUUUUUUUAAAAAUAAAAAACCAACUCUUUGUAUUUUCCAGGAGACACAGUAAUCCCUUUGUACAUCCCACAAUGUGGAGAAUGCAAGUUUUGUUUAAACCCUAAAACUAAUCUCUGCCAGAAAAUAAGGUUGGUCCUUUUCUCCCCUUCUUCCCCCUCCCCCAUCUUUUCCUUUGUCAUACAGAGCACGGACUUCAGUGCCAGAGGUUCACAAAUGCAACAGCCAGAUGGCCAAAAGCACACACUAAUUUCUAUGUGAUCGCCAGCUCCCAGUUGCCCAGAACAAAGUGCAAAUUAUUUAAGCUUCGCAAAUUAUUUCCAAAUUCUUUGAGCUUUGCAGAGAGCUUGGCAUCUGGAGAAGUCUCUUGCUUUGUGUAGAAUGACAGAGACUGUAUCCCUUUCUCAAUUUCUCUGGCACAUAGGCAGAAACGUAAUAAGGUGUGGCAGAUCUCCCCAUUUGGCCUGCAAGGCCAUUUUGGCCAAACCACACCCACCUGCUUUACAUGUGAUGCCACAUGUGGCAUUGAAAAGACCUGGCUCAGCCAAGAGAGUCUGCAGGCACCAUAAAGCAGCAGCGAUCAGCUGAUUGUCAAGUCUUGCAAAGCACCCUAAACUAUAUUCUGGUUGGCUUAAUAUAGGUAUGGCCCCAAUAUGAUUUUUUUUUCUGAUGGGCCUGUUGCUUUUUGGUGUGACCAUACGUGCUCUCUAAACAACACGUCUGUUCUGAUUUUAUUCUGCAGAGUCACCCAAGGAAAAGGAGUGAUGCCCGAUGGUACCAGUAGGUUCACGUGUAAAGGAAAACAGGUUCUCCACUUCAUGGGGACAAGCACUUUCUCGGAGUACACUGUUGUUGCAGACAUUUCUCUGGCGAAAAUAGAUGCUUCUGCUCCCUUGGACAAAGUCUGCUUGCUGGGAUGUGGGGUUUCUACAGGCUAUGGAGCAGCCUUGAACACUGCAAAGGUUGGGGUCCCUGACUUCCUGUUGAUUUUUUUCUGACUCUUGAGCACAGAGUAGCGUUAUAUAAUAAUAAUAAUAAUUUAUUAUUUAUACCCUGCCCAUCUGGCUGGGUUUCCCCAGCCACUCUGGGCGGCUUCCAACUGAAUAUCAAAAACAAUACAGCAUCAGACAUUAAAAACAUCCCUAAACAGGGCCACCUUCAGUUGUCUUUUAAAAGUAAAAUAGUUGUUUAUUGCCUUGACAUUUGCUGGGAGGGCAUUCCACAGGGCAGGUGCCACUACCGAGAAGGCCCUCUGCCUGGUUCCCUGUAACUUCACUUCUCGCAGCAAGGAAACGGCCAGAAGGCCCUCAGCGCUGGACCUCAGUGUCCAGGCUGGGUGAUGGGGGUGAAGACGCUCCUUCAGGUAUACUGGACCGAGGCUGUUUAGGGCUUUAAAGGUCAGCACCAACACUUUGAAUUGUGCUCGGAAACGUACUGGGAACCUAUGAAGAUCUUUUAGGACCUGUGUUAUAUUGUCUUGGCCGCCACUCCCAGCCAUAUAAUCCACACACAACAGAGAAAAUAUAGUACAGGAAGUUACAGCCCUCCCGCCCCCGCCCCAUACCCGAGCUGUGGCUCCACAUCCCUGUCCUGAAAGUUAGAAGCACAGCUUGUUUAAACAGGAGUUAAGUUAAACCUUUGGAGGUACAGUAUAACUUUGCUGGGGUGCUGAUGAACUGCCUUUCACCUCCAUGCCAUUGCUGCUUCUGCCACUCCUUGCAUUGCAAACAGCUCAUAAAACAAAUUAAGCGGCAGAACCUUCCCUUAAACCUAAUUCCCCACCCCCACCCCCUUGGGAGACUUCAUUGGGGAGGAAAAGGGUUUUAGCCCUCAUCUGCUCACUUGCACCAGUUUGGCAGAGACCACUGUUAGUAACAUUUGCUUGCAAUUGUGAUUUGGGUCUGAUCAGCUGACCACCAGGGCUUGCAAAGCACUGUGCACAGGGCAGUUAAUUGGCUGUGUCAGCAUGCCCCCUUUCGGCCCUCUGACGUCUUUACUUACCCCACAUCUGACAGCUGGUGGGUAUAGAAUCAUACAAUUGUAAAGUUGGAAAGGACCAUGAGGGUCACCUAGUCCAACAGGAACCUUUUGCCCAAUGUGGGGCUCAAACCCACCACCCUGGCAUUAAGUAUGGCUUGACGAAAAAGACCUUGCAUGCCUAAUUAAGCCCGUGGGGCUGGAGAUCCAACCAGUGAGUUAGAAGAGCCAGUGUCAUGGACUGGCAGGGCUCUGAAAAGUGUGUGGCAGAGGCAGGGGGCUGGGGAGUGACCCAGGAGAGUGGACCAGUGAUUUAUGGGGUUUGGCACAGUCCACAAGGCAGGAGCCAGGGGGAGUCGGGGCAGUUCAAGGCGAAGGCAGGCGUGUGGGAAGAAGGUACAGCUCAGAUGAAGGACAGGUCAGUAGACUCCCCACCUUCUCCCACCCUGCUGUCCCCUAGAACCAGGAGGGGCUUGAAAAGGGAAGAGCAGCAGUGACUUCCAUGCAGGAGAAGUCUCAGGCUGUGGGCAUGCAAUCCGUCAAGGCAAUCCGUAUAUAAGCUGGAGGAGAGUCCCCACUGUUGCUGCAGUUGCUACAUAGGGCUCAGACCUGUGGACUGCUGCUUAGAGGCUGCAAGUGUGUGAGAAUGUGUAUCCAGAGCACUGGGGGAGCUGCUGUAUUUCUCUAGCCAAUAAAGAGUUAACUAUCAGGCAUGUGUCUUCCUUAUCUGAGAUGGGCAGUGACAGCAAGCAAUGAUUUUAGCUUGUGUUACUAGUUCAAAGUAGGAUGGCUGUUAAUUCUAAGAGCAGACUUAACUCAGCUCAAUGAGCCAUUUGCCAGAGGCUGGUUUAUUGCAGCAGACAGAGCUGUUAUUUUUUCGAUGUUAAGAACUGUUCUCCUUCAAGUGAGUGUUCUUUCUUUCAGGUGGAGCCUGGCUCUACUUGUGCUGUCUUUGGCUUGGGUGGAGUUGGGCUAGCAGUAAUCAUGGGCUGCAAGGUGGCAGGUGCAUCCCGGAUCAUCGGGAUUGACCUCAACAAGGACAAAUUUGCAAAAGCCAAGGAAUUUGGGGCCACAGAGUGCAUCAGCCCCAAGGACUUUGAGAAGCCCAUUCAGGAGGUCCUGGUGGAGUUGACGGAUGGAGGAGUAGAUUACUCAUUUGAGUGCAUCGGUAACGUUGGUGUCAUGGUAAGUGUGUCUGUCCAUAGGUAGCACCCUAGGGUGCGCGGAGCCUGGAAUGUGGCGAGGGGGGGGGGCGUGGAUGGGAGCCAAGGCAUAAUGAAAGUCAUCAGAAAUGCCUGGUGAAGGCCUGUUUUGUCUAGUCAGACCAGCAUCCAUCAACGCCAUCUCCAGAACUGGGAAGCCUCUGCCAGUACUCUGUGCUGAUCUGCAGCCAUGAAGGUUGCAUUUAGAUGCCAUAGCCAAUAUCCAUAGCCAGUUCUGGAUUUGCAUCUCUAAAUAUUUGCAACUGGUGAUCUCUUGAGCAGCCUACCAAUCAUUCCUUCUAAAUAUACUGUUUCCUGAAGCAUCUCUCCAGGAACAUUAAAGGUAAAGGGACCCCUGACCAUUAGGUCCAGUCGUGGCCGAUUCUGGGGUUGCGGCACUCAUCUCGCUUUAUUGGACGAGGGAGCCAGCUUACAGCUUCCGGAUCAUGUGGCCAGCAUGACUAAGCCGCUUCUGGCGAACCAGAGCAGCGCACAGAAACGCUGUUUACCUUCCCGCCAGAGCGGUACCUAUUUAUCUACUUGCACUUUGACAUGCUUUCUUUAAAAAAAAAAAGACAUGCUUUCGAACUGCUAGGUUGGCAGGAGCUGGGACCGAGCAACGGGAGCUCACCCUGUUGCAGGGAUUCGAACCGCCAACCUUCUGAUCGGCAAGUCCUAGGCUCUGUGGUUAAACCCACAGCGUCACCCAGAAGUUGCCUUAUCCCAAGUCAGACCACUGGUCCAUCAAGCUCUGCAUUGUUUACCUUGGCAGCAGCUCUUUCCCAUCUCCUGCUACCUGAAGAUGCUAGGAUUGAACCUGGGAUUGUCUGCAUGUGCUCUGCUACUGAACUAUGCUUCUCUUCCACCUAUCCACUUCUUUUGUUUGUAUCACUUGCUCCUUCUUUCUUUCAUGUCCCACAGAGAGCAGCCUUGGAAGCAUGCCACAAAGGUUGGGGAGUGAGUGUCAUAGUUGGUGUUGCUGCUUCCGGUCAAGAAAUUGCCACCCGUCCAUUCCAGCUAGUCACUGGACGAACAUGGAAAGGGACUGCCUUUGGAGGUAUAACUUUGCUGGGGUGUUUAUGAACCUGUCUUACAUUGGACAGUCACAAUAUGUUCUUGUGCAUUUCCCAUGAAUCUUAAAAGGCUAGCAAACUUGUGGCAUAACCCUUUCAUGUAUACAUCAGGACAUUAAGAGAGGACAUCAAAAUUGCAAGAGACAUGUGUUCCAGUCUUAUACUCCAAUCCAAAACAGAAUAUCCCAUUUCUAAAAGCACACAUUGCACUUGCCCAUGUAGACUUUUUGCUUAGAAAAAGCCUAGAGGAGAUUCCACAAUUUUUCUUAAUGCAAUACGUUCCUAAGUAUCUUCUGGAUGAUUAUCUUCAUUAGUAAAGGGUAUCUUUAAGUUAUACAUGCAGUCAUACCUUGGUUUUCGAAGAGCUUAGUUCACGAACAACUUGGAACUCAAACGUCGCAAACCCGGAAGUAGGUGUUCUGGUUUGCAAACCUGAAAGUCAAACGUCCGGCUCUUACAUGAGAGCAUUCCUGUGUCUGCUGCAAUUUUAAUGCAAGUAGCUUGUUACUGCCCUGCAAAUUUCAGGUAGUCAGUUCAGUAUUGUGCACAGACAAUCCCAAGGCUGCUGCACCAUAGAGUGCUGAACCUGUGGUCUUCCGGAUUUUGCUGCCCUGCAACUCCAGUCUUUCUUGACCAUUGGCCAUGCCAGCAACAUCUGAAAGGCUCCAGGUUUCUUAUUGCUGCUGCAGCCACACUACAAAUGCAGUAAUAUAGCAUGCCAAGGAUAGCCAAGAGACAACUCUCCCUUUCUAGCUUAGAGAGAGAGAGAAAAGAGUUUUAUUUCAGGCUUGCAUCAUUAAGAUUUCCUUGUCUGACACAGAUACAGUGGUACCUCGGGUUAAGUACCUAAUUCGUUCCGGAGGUCCAUACUUAACCUAAAACUGUUCUUAACCUGAAGCACCACUUUAGCUAAUGGGGCCUCCUGCUCCUGCCGCGCCACCGGAGCACAAUUUCUGUUCUCAUCCUGAAGCAAAGUUCUUAACCUGAAGCACUAUUUCUGGGUUAGCAGAGUCUGUAACCUGAAGCGUAUGUAACCUGAGGUACCACUGUACUACUGUUGUAAUGCUGCUUCAUCCAUCUUGCUGUGUCACAUCACAUUUGGUACACAAUAAUUUCAUUUUCUAACAGGUUGGAAGAGUGUGGAGAGUGUUCCGAAGCUGGUAGCGGAAUACAUGUCCAAAAAGAUAAAAGUGGAUGAAUUUGUAACUCACACUUUACCGUUUAACAAAAUUAAUGAAGCUUUUGAACUCAUGCAUGCUGGAAAGAGGUAGGUACUGUCUGCUGUUUGUCAACAAGUUUACUUUUUAUAUAUUGUGUGCUGGGACAGAUUUUAGAAUGACAGCAUCACUGACAGCACAACCCCAUAUAUGUCUACUCAGAAGUUACCUUUUAGUUACCUAAAUUGUAUGUUUUGGGACAGGAGGGUGCAUAUUUAUUGUAAAAGCAACCAUUGAGAAAGAUUUCUUUUUCCUUGGUAAGUUUCUCUCUCCCUUUAUCCUGCCAACAUAUAGCAGUCUUCUUUUCCUCAAAACAACCCUGUGAUGUUUUGUAGUGGCUGCCCCAGUGCCCCCAUGAUCAUCAGGAGUGAAUAGCGUCUCUCCUACUCGAAGCCUUGCCCAUAGGAUCAGUGUGACCAAUGGUGGCACCAUGUUGCAGAAGGCUGCAUGAUACUGUACCAGUUUUCUUAAAUAAGAUCAAAUCAAGUUUGACAGUACAAAUCAAAUUCAUGAUCUGAGCUCUUUGCUUUCACUCUUGCAGCAUCCGAAGUGUCCUGAAGUUUCAAGAAGCCUGAAGAAAACUUCCACCGCAGUUCAACUCGGUGCAACAGUAAUUCAGGAUGCGUUGGUCAAAAAUUAUUUAGGAAAAGCUGUUCCAGUUAGAAGCAUCACCUGCUCUUGAAUGUGAACAAAACGCUGAUCAUAGACACAGCUAGUAUCUGUUCAUGUCUUACUGUACCACUAAGUGCCAGAAAUCUCUGCAGUUAAACAGUUUGUUGACUGCUGUUAGACUGAACUCAAGUACAGUGUCUUUUUGUUCUAAAAUAUCCUGCAAUUGGGAGGUAUUAACCUGAGUAGAAGAAUAUGAUUAAAACCUUUUUCCUACAUAGGCAUACAGCUGCGUUGUCCCCUUUUCUUAAAUGAAUCCAGGUUAUAGCAUGCAAGUUUGGAGGGUGUUAUUUCAAACCUGGACUGAAUUAAGUGGAGAGUGGGAAAGGCAUGCUACCAAUAAAAAAAUAGCUACUCUCUUGUUGCAGGUCAGGACAUGUCAAGGGUUUUGUUUUAGAUGAAACAGAUCAGCUUUUGCCAGCUUACAGAAGCUAGUGUUUGCAGGUCUGUGGCUAAGAUGCUUUCAAACUUGGGGCCAAAUGGGUUAUUCAGGGGGCCAGGUGUACCCCCUCCCCGAAAUAGCAGGUGGCAGGAGCUCCAGAGCGCAGUCUCCCCUUUGCCCCACUAGCUUACUUUUUUUUAAAAAAUGCAGCUAUGAUGUCAUUGAAAUGGCACCUGAACCAGAGUGGCUACAACUCAUAAUAGGGGUAAUUUGAUGGUUUCGAUUUCAAAUCUGGCUUCUUGUAAAGCAGUUGCUAUGACAUCAUCCACUGCAAUUUGAGAACUUCAGUCUACGAGGAUUGAAUAUUGACAGGAGAAAUGGACUCUGAUCUGGGCUACUUCAACUGCGUACUCUGUCUUAUCAAAAAUUCUGGAAAAGGCCCUGCAGCAAGAAGUCCCCCAUUCUUCAGAAUCCAGUAUCCAAAACAGGCUCGUCCCUGAGCAUAGCAAAGUGAAGGCAGGCAAGUUUAGCAGCGCCCUCUUUAAAAAUGCCAAGCUUCCCAUUUAUUGGAUUAAUACUAGCACAAUAUAUGGGGAGGGUUUAAGACCCCCCCGCAAUGCAGUAACUCCUGCUAACUCCUUUUAAGCUUUGAAGAAAGACUGUUCUACUUGCAUCUCAUCCUUUCCCCCCCACUUUUGCGAGGGUGGUAAAUUAAUCUACAUGUGCAAAUUAAUCUACUGAAAUUUAAGGGACCCAUAUCAUGUUCCUUAAUUUCAGUGGCUCUACUCUGAAUAAAUCCUAGUUUCAUAGCAC